UUUUUUUAAACAGUUUCCGAGGGUUUCGGUUUAGUUCUCCGUAAGGAUAGUACGAUAGUAGGACCACAGUGUGUUUUGUACACGUGCGCGGAUCAGAGGUGUUCCAGUGAGCUGUUCUUUUGUAUAUUUCUGUCAGGAUCCCUGGAAAAGGCGGGAAGAUCGAGCCCCCGGGCUGUGAUCUAUGAUUUUGUACGUGCUGUUCGGUGUGUGCGCGUUCUAUGCCUGACCGACGUACGCGUGGUGCGAUAUAUGAGAAGCGGUUAUGAGAGUUCGAUGACCACUGGCUAGCCAACCAUCCAUCAACGCCACCAUGGACUACCUGCAGACGUGCCUCAUCUUUUACCUACUGAUCCUCUGCACCUACGAAGGACUGUCUAUAGACAUAUCACAAUGCAUCGCACCCCUGGGGAUGGAAUCUGGCGUGAUUCCCGAUGCAGACAUCACAGCGAGCUCGAGUUUCGAUAGCGGAAACGUCGGGCCACAUCACGGACGGCUGAGGCAAGAGAGCCACGGAGGCGCCUGGUGCCCGAAGCUGCAGAUCACGACGGAACCACGCGAGUGGCUGGAAAUCGAUCUUCACACGGUCCACAUGAUCACCGCCACCGGCACUCAAGGACGCUUCGGGAACGGCGAAGGUGUCGAAUUCUCGGAAGCUUACAUGCUGGAAUAUUGGAGGCCGAAGCUCGGGAAAUGGGUUCGAUACAGGGACGUCCGGGGCGAGGAGGUGAUCAAAGGAAACACAAACACGUACUUGGAGUCGAAGCACGAACUGGAGCCGCCGAUGUGGGCAAGCAAAGUUCGCUUCUUGCCGUACAGUUACCAUCGGCGGACCGUUUGUAUGCGCGUGGAAUUGUACGGUUGUCCGUGGAACGACGGGAUCGUGUCGUACUCGAUGCCACAGGGUGACAAACGCGGCAAUUGGGAGUUCUUCGACGCGACCUACGAUGGUUACUGGGACGAACAGCUCUUGCGCGGCCUGGGACAACUGACCGAUGGCAAGAUCGGCCCGGAUAACUUCAAGAUGAGUUAUUACGAUUCCGAACGGGGUCAGGGAUGGGUUGGCUGGAGAAAUGACACCAGAUCCGGCCAUCCGCUCGAGAUUAAAUUCGAGUUCGACCACGUCAGGGAGUUCUCGGCUGUACACAUUUUUUGCAACAAUCAGUUCACCAAGGAUGUGCAGGUAUUUUCCGAAGCAAGUAUAAUGUUUAGCAUCGGUGGGCGUUAUUAUACUGGAGACCCGAUCGUGUACUCGUACAUGGAGGACAGGAUUUUCGAGCAUUCAAGAAAUAUUUCAAUAAAGCUCCACCAUCGAAUCGGCAAGUUCGUCAAAUUAAGGUUUAGCUUUGCUUCCCGGUGGAUUAUGAUCAGUGAAAUUACCUUCGAUUCCGACAUCGGUCACGGCAACUUCACCCCCGAAGCGCCGCCCACGACCGAGGCACCGAGAUUGCGGGAUCGGAUCUCAGCGCGUGACAAUCCUCUUCAAGCCGAAGUGCCAGUCGUAAAGCAGGACGAUCCCACUUACAUGGCGGUGAUCAUCGGCGUUUUAACCGCGGUGAUCCUCCUGCUGGCUGUCGCGAUCUUUUUGAUCGUCUCGCGGCACAGACAAAGGAAGAACUUCGCCAGUCCCUUGGGCGCGAAAAGCGCGAUACCUUCGGGCAACCAUCAACACCUGUCCCCAGAGUCCGCGUACGGUACCACAGAGAAGGACCCUUCGUUGAUGACUUAUAGAGUCGAGGAGCUCGAUGAUCGGUACGCAGGAACCAAACUGACGACGCUGCCCCGCGACCUGAACGAUCGGUUGCUGGGCGAUGUCAGGCUUGACGAGUACCAAGAACCUUUUCACGAGAAUAAAUACCGGGAACCACCCCACGCAGCUUACUAUGGAUACAGUACUGUUGUUAUAGAUAACAAGGAUCUUCAUGACAGCGUUGAACAGUCUGAUGCCACUUACGAUUACGCAGUACCAAUGCCCGUGCCUAGUGUAAGCAGCGACCAGGAUAGCGUAUUCUCGAAGUCUUCAUCAAGGGGUAGUGCGAAGGCGUGCUUGCAGAGCUUUUUCCCUCCGCCACCGCCGCCGAUGAGCGCGCCGCCCCCUCGAGGUUCCAGCAAUCUGACAUACUCGAACCCGCCGAGCCCGGAGCCAAUUUGCGAGCGCGAGCGCAGGGGAAGCAAGCGCCGCGAACACUCGUUGCACAGAUACGCGUAAGGACCCCUGGUAUCCUGCGGAAUGCACGCGGCACGCCGCUGGAUCAAAGGUACGAUACAGUUUCGUACUCGACGUAGAGAGGUCACGCGAUAAAUCCCAUCCUUCAGCAUCCACGGGCCCUUCGCGAGUCACCUUUGCGUUCUAAACCAUCGAGGCACGAUUUCAAUUUGUAAAUAAUCCAAUUUAAAUUAUCCAUGCACGUGAACAUUGAUACGAUCGGUUUUUACGUGAGUUUCUCGACCAACUUUAGAUCGUCUUUAAGUUCGAUCGUUCGUGAGAAGGUGUUGGAUGUUGAAGGGUUAGCGAAAGAAUAGGAGGAGAAACGGAGAAUCAAGUAGGGGAGACAAUGCGAGAUAUAUCUCGAAUCGACUGCACCGAUCGAGCAGAAAACGAACGCUCCGAGUUCGAACCGCGUCGUUCACCGCGUUUAAAUUUCGAAGCAACUAAUUAGAACGCGUAGCGAGUCGGUGAUCGACGCAGUCGAUUCCAUCGACAUCAUUCUCGAUGAACACUGCCAUCAGCGCACUUUCCGAGCAUACUAUAUACCUAGUAGCGGGUGUGUACCUCGAGUAUCGUGCUCUAGGGGACUUAACCUACUUCCAGCGAUAGUAGGCAGAACGCGUAAACCGGAGUUGUAACUACAAUAAUUGGCAUAUCAGUUUAACGACGGCGCGCGCUCGCGCUCCGUCGACUCUUCUGGAAGUUCUGUUCGCGAUAUACGUCCGAGGCGAUCGCCGAUCCUCGAAUACUCGAUGCCCCCGACCGGCGGUCUCGUCUACGAUUUCUAUUUUCUGCCAGUUUUACCAAGUACAGGGUGUGCACGACCACGAACCAACAAUUAUUAGUCACGCCUCGUCAGCGCGUAAACAAUCCAUCGGUUUUUUAUACACGCGACAAGGGACGAGUCGGGGACUCGAUUUGCGGGAUCGAACGUGCACGUUGUCAAUGGAAAAUAUGCUUCUCACGUUUGCUUUUGCUUGUUAUCUUUUACGGACAUUUUUGUUAUUACCUCAGGUUUCAUUAAUAAUUGUUUAAGAAUAAAUUGCGUAAAGGAUACAGGAUGUUCUUGCAGGUGAAUAUUGGUCUACUCGAAUUAUUUAUCCGGUUCUUCAAGAAUGAACAAUUUAAAAAAACUUUUUAUUUGAAAUAUAAGAUACAUUACAUAAUGUGAUAAUAUUCAACCGUUUCAAAGCGAAUAAUUUGGAAAGGACAAAUGAGGAAAAAGUACAUCGAAUCUUUUACACGAAGUACAUUUACUGAAUUUCGUCAAUUCUUAAUAAUCUCGGAAAUGCGAAGGUGAUUUUAUUUAAUAUUAAUAAGACUUUUUAUAUUACAUUUUUAUAUUAGAUUUUUUACAUUACAUAAACACAACGACGUAGGUAUUUGGCUCGAUCUAGACAUCUCAAUCACCUAUAACUGUCCACAAAAAAGGAUAAUAAAUUCGUCUUCAUGUUUCGAAGCUUUAGGAGCAUUAUUAAAAAUUGAUCGAAAGAAUCAAUGAUACAACAAAAAGUGCUUAUCCAAGCUUUUUUUCGCAUUCUAUUUUAAUGUGUCCGAAUUGGCAAUUAUUUAAAUGGUUUAUCUUUUCUAAUAACCAUUCAUUCGCAGUAACCUAUUUAACUUGUUCUAUAAUUACCUAAUUUACCAAAUAAUUCGUUCGAUUAUUGAAAUCGGAAUGAAAAUCGGAUUCUAUUUCUCAUUCGUUCUACGAAUCAAACUGUACACAACACCGAUCAUCCCUCAUCCAGGCAACAGAUGCUAAUAAAGCGGACACCCUGUACAUCUUCCGCAGACUUCUCCCCCGAGACACAUGGGCGAAAAAAGUUAUUUCAACUCUCUCUUAAAUUCCAAGCUGCGGCUGAGUUACAGGCUUCUGUGGCCCCACCCAGCCUAAAAAAAGAGUCAUAUUUUUCGUUGAUAUCGCGCACGCACACAGGGCUUGCGUGCUCCGAACGUUUUUCCGCUCACUGCCACAAUUCUUUCGCGGCGCGUAACCGUGCAGAGGUGAGCGCAGCUUCGUCAGCAUGGCCGUUCUGCGAUACCUACCCUGUCGUUUCGGUUCCGCGUUCCCCGCGCGGAAAGGAACGCCGACUCGCGAUAAGGAAUCCGCGCGCGAACCGAACGGAUUUCCAGAAGACGUCCGUGGGUUUAAAUGGUUUCGUCUGUUCAGCGCGUAUGUGCAACCGGAUCGAGCUCGCUAUCGAUCCGAACACCGAGGCGAAUACGAGGAAAGCGACAAUGGAAUGGCGAGCAGCCUCUUUUCUGUUUUUUAACCCCUUGCUGUACGAUCUUACGAUGAUUCUCGUCAAAUUUAUUUGAUUACCAAGUAUCUGUAACAUCGCACAGAUAUCGUGCGUUCAUUAUAGGUACGUAAACAUAAUAUUUUAUUUCGACUUUUAUACAAUGAACGAUACUGAGUCUCAUUCGUUAUUAUACAAAAAGGGGUUAAUAUGUUGAGUUGUAUCGUAAAUCUUUAAUACUUGUUCUCCGAAAUAAAAUUUUUCUGCGAUUAUUGUGUUCAUGGUAAAUGUUAUAGAAGGUGUUCUAUAAUUGAUGGUUUAACAAGGAAAAAUGUGGUGUGACAUAAAAAAACUAUUUCGGAUUUAAUAUUAUAAAUUAAUUUAAUAUUUAAUAUUGUUUUAUAGAAUAAUUUUUAUUUUAGAUCUCGUUCAAGAGUAAAUCAAGGGUGAAUAUUUGUCGAACACUCAUGCAUUUGGUUGAUAUUUGAUCGAAUGUAGAUAGUGCAAUCGAAGGGAUUAUUCUAUGUAUGAAAAUGUGGAAUAAAAUUUUUUCAUUUGAGAUCUCGCUUUCAGCAAAAUCGAGUUUGAACACGUUCUAUUGGCAAAUAGCCAAACACAGGUGCGCUUAAUAGAUCUUCGAAUUGGAUUUUCCACAGAACGAAAAUUUGAAAAAUUUCGUUCUAUCUUUUUGAAUCAUUUAUUAUUGAGUGAUACGAGUGAAGUACUUUAGUAAAUUUUCUAUUUUGUUUUUUUCAAAUAGAAAACCUUAUCUUAACAAGGACAAUUUAGUCUCUAACUGCGAUAUACUUUUUCACUUAAAACGAUCUUCUGUACCAGGAUGAAUAUCUUUUUUCUUUUCUCCAAAAGUUUAUAUUAUCAUAUUUUGAAAUUUAGAUAAAAAUUUACUGCCGAUAACAUUAAAAUUACUUUCUUUGUAGCGUGCAAAUCACUUUCAAGCUGUUAAAAUACCGAUAGAAUCUUCUGUGUAGACCGUUGGAACAUGUGCAGCAGAUUUAACAUCAUUUAAACCUUGAUUGAAUCCGAGCAACAAGUGCCGGAAGUGCUCGUUUUUCACUGCUCGACGUUUUCACCGUUUUUAAAGCGUUUAACUCGAAUUUCCGCUAAAACUAAAAAUCUGAUAACAGAAUUUUAUACAGAAAGAAAACAGUUGUUUGACUGGUAUAUUGAAUAUUAUUGACUGUUACAUUAAAUUUGUGGAAAAGUAGCGUCGGUUGCAUGAACAUAUCAGUGACUGUACUAGAAUGUUGUAGCUUUAUUUAAUCAAUUAAACAAUGUCCAUUGUAUGUCAUGUUUCAAUUAUCUACUAUAUACUUUAAUGUUUAAUUAAUUCCUUAAAAUAAUAAUUUUGUCUUAGUUCGAUCAAAAACCGACAUAAUUAUAAAACACCACGGACACAACGUAAAAAGGAAAGCACACCAUAGAAGAAUUUUAUUUGAAAAAUUAACUGACGAUGCAACUCAAUAUUAUCUAGUAAUCCGACUCAUUUCAAUCAGUCGCUUUGAUUAAUCUCCAUCGAUUCACGGCUCGAAUUGCGAAUCGAAUUGUGUAUGAAAGCGUAAGUCGAUCCGCGAUUCGAUUCGUGAAGAAUCGACAGGAAUAAUUAGAGUAUCUAUCGUGGAGAAUUAGUAAGAAAGAAAACAGAGGGAUCGACGGAGGAUUCGCGGGAAACAAGGGAACGUUAGCGAGUUUCGAUGCAGCCUCACACAAGACUGAUGUCAAGUAAAAUAAUGGUGUAUCCUGAUUAGCGCGACUGUGCACACGCGCGCACGCGCACACAUAUUCGAAUGUAUUAUUUAUUAUCGCAGCAUAUAGCGCCCCGUAACGGAUCUUUAAUUUAUAUACGUAUAUACAUACACGCGUAUAUAUGCGAUAUACAUAUAUACAUACGAGAGUAAGGAGACAAGAGGAGGGAUAAGAAAAUAAAAAAAUAUAUAUAAAUAGAUAUAUAUACAAGAGAAAAGAGCAGAAGGUAAUUACGUAUUAUCGGCGGAUUUUAAGCGUAUGAUAUAACGAUAUAUUGUAAUAAGCCCGACUUUAUUUCUCUAUCACUUACCGACAUCGCCUUCAUGCAACGAGGAAAAUCGAGAUAUUAACCAGACGUAAGGAAUCGACAAUACAGGGAUGAGACAACAAUAAUUAAAUACAUGUGUACGUAAUGAGAACGCGAGCAAGAAAACGGGGGAAAGGGCAAGAGGAAAGAUCGUGUUACGGCGUGGAGAAGGGAAAUCGACCACAUUGUGAUAUAUUAAGCAAAUUAAUAGUAAUAAAAGCGAAUCGUUUUCGGUUCGGGAGAAAAGCGAACGGGAAUCGGCUCGUGGUUUUAUAGGGAUGAAGUCGCGCGGUGAAGGGUAGCGCGAGUUCACGCGUGUUUUGCUGUAGAAACCUUUCGUUGAACCUCUUCCGAACUAACAGCUUGUUCUCUAGUUUCUCUUUUUACCGAACGACUGAAGGGUACUUCGAGUGAUUCCUUUCGGUAUCUGUUCUCAGGUCUGUCUCUCGUAGAGUGUCCCGAGCAUGAUUUCACUUGGAAGACGUUCGGCGAAGGGCUCUCCCGACGGAGACGAAAGCACGCGUAGCAUCUACAACGAUCGGAACUUAACUAUGUAUAUUUAGUGUUUAAUCGUCGAUAUCGUCGCCACGUAGAAUGUUAAAGUAAACCGUAAGCGUGACAGCUUCGAGAGUGCUUCGAGUGUAAAUAUAACCGUUAGGGACCUCGUGACACGUACCUACAUUUACACAAUCUAUUUCAUGCGUACACACAUACACACACGCAAACAGAGACACGGAUACCCACACGUAUACACUCCUUUCAAGCGCCUUAAGUUGGGGGGCAAAUAAUAACUUCGUCGCAAUAAUAAUCGUCGUUUCUUUUCCUACUCUUGUUCACUUCUCGAUUUUACUUUGAUGGACGCGAGGAAAGAGGACAAAUAUCACACGCAAGCGACUAUUUUUAUGUUAAUAAUUAGGCGGCGGAAUGAUAAGAGGACGACUGCUUCGAGGCUCUUCAGUGUCGUUCGUAAGGGGACAGGAUUACGAUUCUCACGCGCUUGAGCUUCUAUAGUCGAAGGGAAAAUGAAUUGGACGCUCAAGGUCACUGUCCCACCACGAUCUAUAGUUCGUUUAUUAUUCUAUUGCAUAUGCCGGUGCUGUCGACGAGCUGGAACUCUUGACAGGUCCUCGUUCAACGAAGUCUGGAUACUUUUGCCAACUUGUAAAUUGAUCAUUAACUGAAAAUGAACAUUUUUCAAAACAUUCUCCAAACUACUAUAGUCACGAUGAUGUUAUCGUUACGCUCUAUUACGAACUAUGAGAUAUACCAACAUUUAAAUAAAAUUCCUUUCUUGAAAAUGGUAGAUAUUAAAAAACUGGGGCGAAUAUUAUUAACGUAGCACGAGUAUUUUGUGUAUAUAGCAAUCGGGUCUGAAGAUAGUUUAUAUUUGUAAGUUAUUAAUACUUUCCAUUAAAUAGAUAUUGAAGUCUUAUAAUUAUUUGUGGGUUACUUAACACUUGAACAAUCGCAUAUCAUUUCUGCUAGCUUUUAAAUAACUUUUAAAAUAAAUUACUACUAUAUAAAAUUACUUUAAGUAGACAAUUGUCAUUAGUAGCAAUCUUAGUAAAUAAACUCAAUCAAUUCAUUAUAAUAUUUUUAAGUAUUUAGCAACUACGUACCGAACAAAAAUGAAAACAAGAAAUCUCGUGAGGUGUUCAUAACUAACCUCAGGAGUAUCAUUUUGUUGGUAAUAGUUACUUAGCAACCAAACAAAUUAUUCAUUCCUCAUAGAUUAUUAUUCUUCCUCGUAUUUACUGCAAAGGAUUAAAAUGAUUGAUUAUUCGUUCAUUUCAAAAUACGUAUACAUCAACAAUUUCCUAUGUAGAAUCGUUCACUGCUAGCAAAUUCAACGUUUCAAUAAAUAGUCAUGCUCCACCGCACCACAGCUUUAAAAGCGGUACAGCGAGGAAUUACCGUUGGCAGAGUGGUGGAAGACUCGAGUUCCAAAGCAUCGGUGCGACAGCACCGGCGCGAACCUACAUGCAGCGCCUGUCUAUCCGCGGAACAAAGGGAGGAAGUUGACACGGUGUAAAAGUAGGAAUCGUGUCUGGACGUGAUUCACUGCCGACCGAGGAACGGUCUCGAGCGGCCAAUUGACUUCGAUCCCGACUAUAGUUCGGAGCCGUUCGGGUUUCGCGCUUCCGAUGACAGGCGUUACGCGCUCGUGAACAGAGGGAAAGCGAAAGGCGAGAGAUCCUUAUCGCGCGCCGCAAUUUUUCACUGAACUUCUGCAAUAACCCCGGGCACCGAGCAUUAAGUACCUUGAACUUCCUGCACUUCCAGUACCUAGGAAGUUACCCCCCUGGCAAUAAUCGUCAAUUUAUCUUAAGCGUGCAGAGGCGGUAGGGAGUGACGUUCACGCGCGGACUAUACGUUAAGGAAGAAUUAAAUCAAUAACCUGGCUGGGGUGCGAGGGGAGGAUCGAGGGGGUUAGAUUGUAACGGGGGGUAGAGGAGCAAAAAAAAUAAAGAUGAGGAGGAAGGUGAGGAAGGAAGGAACGAGGACGAGAGAAUGGAAGAAGAGAGAGGAAGAUCGUUAAAGCGGUGCUGCUCUCCGACACGGAGAGGUAGAUAAAGAUGACGGAGGAAGGUACUCUCGUGCCUGCUCACGGCGUACUUCUUAGCGAUACUUUAUGGUUCCUUUGUGCGCCGAAGCUGCAUGCUGCCGACAUGUCAAUGACAACGCCAAGUGUGCACCGAGAUCGCGGCGAUAUCGCACGGCCGUUUUAAAUCGUCGCUGCGCCGCGGUACCGAGCUUAUAUUCCGCGGGUUCCGUUAAACUUUCCUCGCCUAAACCCUUCCCGUAAUCUUGCUUCUGUCCCGGGAAGAAAUAUCGCCGACGGUUUUUCUGCUUACGGAACAACCGGCCCGCGCGGUGCCGCUGGUAACCGACUGAUUAAACGAAUCGUACGAUCGAUAAAUGAUUUCACGAGGAAGCGAGUUUCGGAAGUUUCGCUCGACUUGUUACGCCGUUUGUGUGUUAAGGGAGCCUUCGCGCGCAUCAAACGGUCGUAACUUUUCGUCGGGUGUCUGAACUCCGCCGGGCGAAUUCACGUUUCCGAGAUAAAUCAGGGACGGCGUUGCUGCGUGGAACAUCUGUAUUUGGGAACUACGUUAAAAAUUGUUCUUUCAAUGCUCCAGGGAUACUUUUCUCGGGCAGAAGUUUCGAAUGAAAGAAUUCAGAUUUUCGGAGAUCUAGACUCGGAGCUUGAAGGUUUAAUGGAGCGCCAAAAUAACUUAAGCGCAAUUAUCUAAUGAUUGUCUUGGUGACAGUAAGAAUCGUAGUAAAGAACAACAAAUUUUAACGACUUAAACUGAAAUAAUACAGUUAUUACGAAUUCUAUUGUAGAGAUCACACGAAUCCCUACCACGUUAAACGUCGGAUGACUCUUCUAGCUAGGAAAUAGAAUGUUUUUAUUACAAUACCUCCUCCUUUAAAAUAAAUUUGAUACUUUUAAAGCAUAAAAUAUGUGAGGCUCUCGCAUUGAUAUGUAUCAUCACAUUUUUAUGAUUUACUUAAUUAAAAAUCGCCAUUUUAUUCUAACCGUUUAAUAUAAGUAUUCUAAUGAAUAUCAACUCCAUUUGACACACAUUCAGUAUUAUUAGCAAAUUAAAUGAUUGCUAACUCUUAAAAUGGUAUUAAACCAGUAAAAGCACUCUAUACCCUAAACUUUCUCCGUCAACAGAAUGGUUAAUAUAAAAUAAAACCUCCGAACAAAGCAAAUAAAAGCAACGAAGUAAUGUUCUUCAAAAUCUUCUUCAUGAACGUCACGAUACAGUUUCCAACCAAAUUCGACAUCCGUAGCUCCGCUGCAUAUUCGGCGGAACGAUUACCAUUCCCAGCGACUUCUGUUUCCUGGCGCGCCCUUUAUGAGCUCUGUAAUUUUUUCUUCGUGGCGAGACGUCGCGUCGGUGCCGAUACGCGGAGAUACGGGAACACGGUCCGCCGAUAUCGGCGAGAUACGGCGCGAUCGGUUCUGCAUCGGUACGCACGAUACAGAAAACACGGGGCUAGACCGAGGCAACCGGAGGAACUCCCGCGGUAUAAAUCACCCGUUACAACCCUUUUUCAAUCCGACAUGAGAAAUGCGGGAAGAAGCUCGCCGUCGGUGGAGGGUGGGGAGCUAGGGUGGGGUGGACAGCCAGGGGCCGGGGGGACUGGCCCAUCUUUUAUUCGACGACGACGACGUACAAGUGCGUGCGCGUACACGCGAGACCCAUGAGGAGAGGACGGGAGAAAAGAAGAAGAAGGAAAAAAGGGACGGAGUGCCGUUUGAUCGACCGGCCCUCCGGGCUGCAUUAUGCACGCGUGUGCGCCGCGCACACGGUCUUCUGCGUAUCGGUACGCGAGAUCGCUGAGAAAACUUUGGUCUAGCUCUUUCAGUUGAUUACCACCGCGCUCGGACUUUCGGAGUAACGUGGAUUUAUCGGUUCUCGGAUUUGGUUGAGAAACUUUCGAUAAGGUUCGACCCGUGCAAUAUUUUGUUUGGCGAUUGUAGAUUUUCGUCGAUUGUCUUAUUUGCAUGCAUUUCCAUUUCACAUAAUGGGAAAUGUAAGUCUGUAAUGCGAGUGAUUAGGGGUUCGUUUAGCUGAGAAUGAAACUGUAAUUAAUUUCGGGAAACGUCUUAAUGUCAAUAUUUAUACAUUUUUAAACGGAGAAGAGAUUCCUUUAUGUCAUUUAACUCCUUCAUUGUUUUAUAAUAUCAAGAUAGACUGCAUAGUUGAGCAGAUUUCAAAUGGACAUCACUAAAUGUUAUUAUCUAUUUUCCUUAAAUCAAAAUUAAGACUGUAUUGUUGUAUUGAUAUUUAUUUUCUAGCAAACGAUUAGUGCCAAAGUAGUUUUAGUUAUUGUAGUUGCGAGAAAAAUCGUAAAGCGGGGAGUUAACAUUUUCAAUAAACUAAGUUCAAACUAAUCUCAGUAUCAAGAGUACGCACAAGUAUUCUUAAUUAACAAUCUCGCAAACUUCAUCUUCAAUAACUCCGUUACAAAUAUAUGACACUAAGGACGUAUCUACAAGUCACACAUAAAAAAUUUCCGUACGUUCCAAAAAAAUUUGAAUCGUUCAGUUUCUAUGUUCCUAAAAACAGAAAUAUUUAUAAAAACAACUUAAUUUCCAUCGCUCUAAGAGUCAUCGAAUUUCUGGAUAAAAGGAAUAUACAAACACAUAAAAGUGAUUCUGAAUUUUCCAAGUUCGGAAAUGUCGAAGUUAGCCCGACGGCUUCACCGCGAUUUAAUACGAAUGCCGUUAUUUCUUGACAGUCGCGGUGUCGGUGCACAUAUUCGGCGCGAAGGCAAUUCGAUCGAUGUUUCGUUCGGAUUGCGCGGGUCCGUCGAGCGGUGUCCGAGUAAAAAAUUCAGGAACCCGGCGAGAGGUUGUUACGUUGACCGGCGUUGCGCCGGCAUUGAUCGUAUAAAUAUGAACGACCGUUCGGUCGAUCAGUUUACGUGAGGUCGCAAGGUGCACGCGAAUAAUCUGCGGUGAGCAGUCGCGGGGGUCGGGAAAACAACGACAACGGGUUUAUAUCAUAGGUUUAAUAGGGUCGACAAGUUAGAAACGUUCUCGCCACCCACCAUCCCUGAUACUAUUAAACGCGCCGCAUUAUUUCUCAAUGUAUAUAGCGAUUGUAAUUUAUACAUGUAUGUGUAAUACGUAUUAUAAAUACGCCCGUCGUGGCACGGGGAUUGCGACCACUUUGUAUAUAAUUGUAUUAUAUAGCGUAACGAAAGAAUUGUACCGCGGCGAGAAUGGGGGUAAUAAUUAUACAGAGCGCGAGAGUGCGGUAGCGGUCCGCGAAGUGUUGUAAAAUUUUGGGGGACUACGAGUACCGCUGUGAGUGUAAUUAUAACUGAAUCAAUAGCAUAACGAGUACCGGAUGCAUAUUUGAUAUUUGUGUGCCUGUAUCCCUUUUGUAUGCUAACGAGAUAGACGAAAAUAAAAAAAACUAUACAUAUUAUAUUGUACUAAUUGCGACGGUAGGGGAACUACGAGUAAACGAGGUGUAACGUGCACACACACGACUUACACGCAAGAGAAAAUAACGCGUACAGAACACUCUCUUCCAUUGCAUACACGAACACAGACCAGUCUAUCUGUCCUGGGUGGACGAAAUAAAACUUUUAGCAAAGCGAAAUCGAGUUUU